UCAUCUAGAGACUCGUAUUCUGCAAUAAGAAAGAAUAUUUAUUUGUUUUCUUAUUGCAGAAGGGAUCGAUAUCCGAGCUGAACCAUGAACUCGCACAACUUGUUUCCGAGGCUCUGCUCGAUCUUUUGUGUUUUCAGUCUCGCACUAUCGUUUCAAAUAAGUGCUGGAUCAACUAUUGAGGGAAAGACGUCUGAAGUGCCAAAGUUACGCUGUGUUGUGUAUAAAGAUCGAUGUAACAGUAGCAUUGAGCACUGCGAAACAGUUCAGGAAUGUGAUGCGGAAAUGCCACACUGUUUCUCGGCAUGGCGUAACACCUCCAAUGGUAUAGACAUUAUGAGACAGGGCUGCUGGACAGACAAGGAUAUGUGUGAUCAGGAAAACUGCAUCCAGAGUCAGGAAAUCACAAGUGUGCUAUUCUGUUGUUGUAACAAACCCCUGUGUAAUCAAGACAUUACACCAAUGAACUACCCUCCCACCACCACACCCAGCACUAUAGGUACAGAUACCUCAUCAACAAAGACAAAUCCGCCAGAGGAUAAAUUAUUAAAAACUCUACUUUACUCCAUAGUUCCUAUUAUUGUCCUCGUCAUAAUCAUCAUUGGCGUCUUUUUCAUGUGGAGAUUCUACUUCAAAGAAAACAGAUACAUGCAGCAUCACCAACUCUCCACGGGUGACCCGGAGCUUGAUCUUCCUCCUUCACCACAUCCUCUUCGCCCAGUACAACUGGAAGAGGUCCGGGCACAUGGACGUUUUGGAGUUGUCUGGAAAGGGGUCAUGAGUGAUCAAGUUGUAGCUGUCAAAAUCAUGCCAUUUAAGGAACGCUCAUCCUGGAUGACUGAACAGGAGAUCUAUAAGCUACCUCACAUGAAGCAUGAAAAUCUACUUGCGUUUAUUGGUGCGGAAAAGCGUGAUGAGAAUCUCUGGCUGAUCUCGGUGUUCCAUGAAUAUGGAUCGCUGUCAGACUACCUCAAAGGCAAUACCAUCACUUGGAGUGAGCUCUGCAAGAUUGCAGAAACCAUGACCAAUGGCUUGGCAUAUUUGCAUGAUGAGAUCCCACCAGCUCGUGGGAUGGAAGGAAAGCCAUCUAUAGCUCAUCGGGAUUUCAAGAGUAAGAAUGUGCUCUUGAAAGACGACUUGACUACUUGUAUUGCUGAUCUGGGUUUGGCAAUCAAGUUUGAACCAGGCAAAAGCCCAGGAGAAACCCAUGGUUUGGUGGGGACAAGGCGUUACAUGGCUCCAGAAGUUUUGGAAGGUGCAAUCAGUUUUAACAGAGAUGCUUUCUUGCGUAUUGACAUGUACGCAUGUGGCCUUGUGAUGUGGGAACUCCUGUCACGGUGUUCAGGAUCAGAUGGCCCAGUGGAGGACUACCAGCUGCCGUACGAGGAGGAGAUUGGCUCACACCCAACACUUGAAGAUAUGCAGGAGUUGGUGGUGAUGAAGAAGAUUCGUCCCACCAUAAAGGAUUAUUGGAUGCGACACGUGGGACUGGAGGCACUGAUCCCCACUAUAGAGGAAUGUUGGGAUCAGGAUGCAGAGGCACGGGUGUCGGCUGAUUGUGUCCACGAACGUCUCCUACAGAUUGGUCGCACACUCAACGUAUCUAACUCAACUAACCACCUACUCUGUCCCAACCAGGAAACAACCCACUACCAAAUAUCCACCAUCUCAUCGUAGCUCAAACUCUGCCAAAGUGGGGAGGGGAAAGUAAUGGCAGUACAAA